AUGGGAGCUCAUACGCCACCGACCCAAGUUUCUGAACAACUUGAAAUGGACCAUAGAACUUGGGUGAUAGCUUGUGAAAUGCACCCUGCUGGGCUGAAUGUUAACGAUAGGGCUGCAACUUCAGCCACACAAACUGACCAGGCACGAAGGAUAGCUCACGAUGGAGGUUGUCAUACACUUGCUUCAUGCGUGCGUGAGCCUGAUGCAAACGUAGCUUUACCUCCCGUAGUAUCUCAUUCCGACUCUGUAAGGCAGUGUCAACAACAUCCACCUAAGUAG